CGGGGCGCGGCGGGGGCAGAGCGGCGGCGGAGCUGAGCGCCGAGAGCCGCGGGAGCAGCGGAGCCGCAGCCGCCGCUGCGGCCGCAGGUGCUGAACCAUGGCGGUGUGGAUCCAGGCCCAGCAGCUCCAGGGCGAAGCCCUGCGGCAGAUGCAGGCGCUCUAUGGGCAGCACUUCCCCAUCGAGGUGCGGCACUACCUGUCUCAGUGGAUCGAGAGCCAGGCAUGGGACUCCAUCGACCUUGACAACCCCCAGGAGAAUGUGAAGGCGACACAGCUUCUGGAGGGGCUGAUCCAGGAGCUGCAGAAGAAGGCAGACCACCAAGUGGGUGAGGAUGGCUUCCUGCUGAAGAUCAAGCUGGGGCACUACGCUACGCAGCUGCAGAACACGUAUGACCGAUGCCCCAUGGAGCUGGUGCGCUGCAUCCGGCACAUCCUCUACCACGAGCAGCGGCUGGUGCGGGAGGCGAACAAUAGCCCUUCCCCAUCUGGCUCCCUGGUGGACGCCAUGUCCCAGAAGCACCUGCAGAUCAACCAGACCUUCGAGGAGCUGCGGCUCAUCACUCAGGACUCAGAGAAUGAGCUCAAAAAGCUGCAGCAGACACAGGAAUACUUCAUCAUCCAGUACCAGGAGAACAUGCGACUCCAAGCCCAGUUCUCCCAGCUCUCCCAGCUGGGCCCCCAGGAGCGCAUGUCGCGGGAGACGACGCUGCAGCAGAAGAAGGCAUCGCUGGAGGCCUGGCUGCACCGUGAGGCCCAGACACUACAGCAGUACCGCGUCGACCUGGCUGAGAAGCACCAGAAGACGCUGCAGCUGCUGCGCAAGCAGCAAACAACCAUCCUGGAUGAUGAGCUGAUCCAGUGGAAGCGUCGGCAGCAGCUGGCAGGGAAUGGGGGCCCACCUGAAGGCACCUUGGAUGUGCUGCAGACCUGGUGUGAGAAGCUGGCAGAGAUCAUCUGGCAGAACCGGCAGCAGAUCCGCCGUGCCGAGCACCUGUGCCAGCAGCUGCCAAUCCCAGGCCCAGUGGAGGAGAUGCUGUCAGAGCUGAACGGAACCAUCACAGACAUCAUCUCUGCCCUGGUCACCAGCACCUUCAUCAUCGAGAAGCAGCCCCCCCAGGUGCUGAAGACACAGACCAAGUUUGCAGCCACUGUGCGGCUCCUGGUGGGGGGGAAGCUGAAUGUGCACAUGAACCCCCCUCAAGUGAAGGCCACCAUCAUCAGCGAGCAGCAAGCCAAGGCCCUGCUGAAGAAUGAGAGCACCCGCAACGAGAGCAGCGGGGAGAUCCUCAACAACUGCUGUGUGAUGGAGUAUCACCAGGCCACCGGCACACUCAGCGCCCACUUCCGCAACAUGUCCCUGAAGCGGAUCAAGCGCUCGGAUCGCCGCGGUGCAGAGUCAGUGACAGAGGAGAAAUUCACCAUCCUCUUCGAGUCACAGUUCAGUGUCGGUGGGAAUGAGCUGGUCUUCCAGGUGAAGACGCUGUCCCUGCCUGUGGUGGUGAUUGUGCAUGGGAGCCAGGACAACAAUGCCACGGCCACCGUGCUUUGGGACAACGCCUUUGCUGAGCCUGGCCGCGUGCCCUUCGCUGUGCCCGACAAGGUGCAGUGGCCACAGCUCUGCGAGGCACUCAACAUGAAGUUCAAGGCAGAAGUGCAGAGCAGCCGCGGGCUGACCAAGGAGAACCUGGUGUUCCUGGCACAAAAGCUCUUCAACAGCACCAGCUCCCACCUGGAGGACUACAGCAGCACCACAGUGUCCUGGUCCCAGUUCAACCGGGAAAACCUGCCUGGGAGGAAUUACACCUUCUGGCAGUGGUUUGACGGGGUCAUGGAGGUGCUGAAGAAGCAUUUGAAGCCGCACUGGAAUGAUGGGGCCAUCCUGGGCUUUGUCAACAAGCAGCAGGCGCACGACCUGCUCAUCAACAAGCCCGACGGGACCUUCCUCCUGCGCUUCAGCGACUCGGAGAUCGGUGGCAUCACCAUAGCCUGGAAGUUCGACUCCUCUGAGAGGAUGUUCUGGAACCUGAUGCCUUUCACCACCAGGGACUUCUCCAUCCGCUCCUUGGCUGACCGCCUCGGGGAUCUCAGUUACCUCAUCUACGUGUUCCCCGACCGGCCCAAGGACGAGGUGUUCUCCAAGUACUACACGCCGGUUCUCUGUGAGUCCACGCCAGCUAAAGCUGUGGAUGGAUAUGUGAAGCCACAGAUCAAGCAAGUGGUGCCAGAGUUUGUCAAUGCAUCAGGAGAUUCUGCCCCUGGAGGGGCCACCUACAUGGACCAGGCACCGUCACCUGCUGUCUGCUCCCAGCCUCAUUACAACAUGUACACCCAGAACCCCGACCCUGUGCUGGACCCCGAGGGUGAUUUUGACCUGGAAGACACGAUGGAUGUGGCAAGGCACGUUGAGGAGCUGCUGCGGCGCCCUGUGGACAGUCAGUGGAUCCCCCACGCCCAGUCGUGACAGGCAGGCGCCUUGCCCCUGGCCCUGGCGCUGCGGGGACUGUGCUGUGUUUGUGUCUCUGUGCCAGGGGACAGCGGGUGGGCCCUGCCCCCAGGAUUUGCUCUGUGCUGCCCCAAAACACAGGCUGGCGUCCAGCUCUUUAGUGUUUAUGCCCUUGUAUAAACAGCAGCGGAUUUGUCGCAUGGUUUUCUUGUAUGUUCCUUUUAAGAGGCCCAGCUUCGGCUUUCCGCUUCUGCCAGCACUGGCCCUGCAGCCCCUCAUUCCCCCGUGGGGCUGCUGGGGCGGGGGCCGCCAGCCCGGCCUCAGGUUCGCUUUCGCAGUCGUCACUAAGAAUGUACAUGUCGCCUUCUUGUUCUCCCCUGCAGCUCUGUUCCCAGGGGUGCGUGAGGGCAGAGGGCAGAGGAGGGGUUCUGCCAGGGCUCCCCUAGCCUGUGCUGGUGCUCUGCUCCACAGUGGCAGGGUCCCUGCACCUCAUCUUCUCCUCUGCCCCCAAGGAUGCAGGAGCCCCCCCUGGCUCCCGGCCUCGGUGUCCCCUCAGGAGCCGGUGCAGCAUGAGGGUGGCAGGGUGCGAGGGCACCCAGAGAGGGCAGUCGGGUGGGCAGGGGAUUUGGGGAAGCGGAGCCCUCUGCCCGCUGCUUCUCCCCUCGCCUGGGUGGGAAACUCGGGUCCUGGCCAUGUUAUUUUUCUAUCACAGAGUAAAUAAAGCACGGAAUAUUUUUGUAACACAAAA